AUGUUGUCUCCAGCAUCAUCAUCACGGCCUCCACGCAAUCCACCAGCGAUCGCAGAUUCUCAAUAUGAUAUGACGACAGGUUAUUCAUCUUCAUCUUAUACAAGAUGGCCUCGAGCACUUGCUAAAACUCCGAACAUUGGUCGAGGAAGUCACUCGAUAUCAGCUCGCCGCAAUCAAUAUCAAAACGAACCAUUCUCAGAUAUUUUACAUAGCCAACAUCCUCAAUCAGGAGGUCUUACUUACGCAACAGUUCACCAUCCACGACGUUCAUUAUUAAGUAAUCUUCUGCCGUAA